UUUAGAAUAACUGAGAGACAUUUAUAAUCGAGACCGGUAAAUCUGAGUGUUAUUUUCGUAGCAACGCAAUCUGGUCGGUUUUAUUUCGUUCAAUGCUUAUCUUCGUACAAUCAUACCCUAAAUUCCAAUUGUGAAAGAAACGAUCACUGUUACAAGGCCUGCAAGUAUGCAUGUAUGUACAUCCAUCCAUGUAACGCCUGAACGCGCAGCUGUGAAAGUACCAAAAUAACGCGUACGCAGUGAUUUCCAAAAAUACAUUGAAGAGCCAGUUGAUUCUCAUUUCCCGCUGCUCUGGACCAGAUAAAUAUGUCGGACAACGUUGAGGCCGUUUGUAACGCUGGCGGUGACUCCGGCGCCCAGACAAUCACCGAAAUUAAUACUUCGCCACCCGUCCAAAAUACUGGUGACAACGUUGUCGUUCCUCCGAUUGACGCCUCCUCGGAAUCAAACGCCGAGCAGAAGGUAUCAUCAUCGUCACCAAUUGUAGAGCCUCAGUCACCUGAAAAGGACGAGAGCAAUAAGAGUUCAGAAAACACGAUAAAGCAGAACGGAAAGGAGUCUUCUGAAGUGUCGAAACUUGAGCUGGAAAUUCAGAAAAGGAUACACGAGCGUGAUAAUUACAAAAAAAAAUUGACCGACACGGAGAGAAGGCUGAACGCGCUUCAGGCAUCGUACAACGCGGUAACGAGCGGAGAAGGUGAUGAAAUAACUCUGCGAAGAGAGAAGGAAGACCUGAAGAAUAUGCUUACGCAGACUCAGCUGAUGCUCGACGACCGUGGUCGUCUUAUCACCAAUCAACAGACCCAAAUAAGCGCCCUGUCAAAGCAGGUUUCAUCCCUAAAGGAGGUGGUUGCGAUCACCAAAGAUCUUCUCAACAUAAGAAAUAUGGAGGUGAAGCAUCUGCAGGAUGACGUCGACUCGAUGGAGAGCAAGAUCACUGCCGAACGUGAGAAGCAUAAUCUAAUGAUGAACAAAAUGGACUCUGCUGUACGACUCAACGCUGAUCUGAAGAAGGAAUACGAGACGCAGCUGCACCUGUUCCAAGACCUUCGCGGAAAGUAUGAGCAAAAGGUGACGCUGCUUUCGGAGGAAAAUCGGGCCCUGGAGGCCGCCAAUCAAUCGGCCGUCGUCUAACGAUCGUUGUCAGGAGUCGUUCACUCUUGCUACCGUUACGACAUAACGCAACGCGACAUUUCACGUACUACACAUAAUUAUAUAACGAUCGACAAGUCUGUGUCGUGCCGAUUAUUUCCUAUGCGUUGUAUAACAUUUCUGUAAGAAAUUUGAUACCAUUUUUUCUACCAGCGAUCACUGAUCGUUGUAUGCAAUAAAAAAAAAAAAAAAAAGCAUCCAAGAAUACAAUUAUUUUUUCAGCAGCGUCGAAGAGCGAGAAUAAUUUCUCGUUUUCAUAUCCCGCUACUACUGGGGCAAUUUUCUAAUCAAGAGACCGGAUAACUGGCUUGCGCAGCAGGUGGUACGAGCUCUAAUCGCUACGACGCGACGUACGUUACGUUAACUUGAUGUUCAGUCUUAUUAAAAUCCUCGGUAUAAGUUUCUCGCGGAAUUCACGAGACUUCAGUACCGACGCAACUGUCCCGCGAUUAGAAUCAGUAUGAAGCUUCAGGGUACCGUAAACGCGGUUUUUAUUCUCGGGGUGGCAGCCGGGCUCACUGAAAUAGCGAGCGGCGUCUGCAUAGUAAGAAACACCCCCGAGACGAAGGUGUACAGAUACCAGUGUUUCAGGUCGAACAAUUACUUGGCCGAUCUGGCGGCGGCACCGAUCGACGUACCGAAAAUAUCGUUCACCAACGCGAGGAUACAAUACCUGCGAAACAAAUCGUUCGCUCGUUUCGGUCCCGGGUUGAAAAGCGUUCAGAUCAACUAUUCCGAGCUGGGAGAAAUCGAGGACAGUCCAUUUGAGGGCCUCGUCGAGUUACGAUCGCUGCUAAUUACCGGGUGCAACUUACAGAUUGUGAAGGGAACGUGGUUCGAGGGGCUUUCGAAGCUGGACACGAUCAUCCUGGACCACAACGAGAUCAAAAGCGUUGAAAGCAGCUUCUUCAAGAUCGUCCAGCCGCUCAAGUCUCUCGAUCUUUCUUUCAACCAGAUAAGCUGCAUCCCCGUAGCUUCAAUUUACGGUUUUCGUACGCAAUCUUUUCACCUCGAAGGAAAUCACUUGGCUUGGGCUUGCCUGGCUCAACUCCUCGACUGGUUUAAAAAGAACAAUAUCAAGCAUGAUUUCGCGGCGAUAGGACCCUUCCCGCCAAUGGAACCCUUGAUCAAUAUGUGCGUGGAGAGACAUCCGAGUUACAAACUGGACGAAACGGGCCUGGAGAAAUGCAUUCGGAAGAAACUAAUGGACUUCUUUCCGCCUGGGGAUAAUUACACGGUCGAACAAGCUUGCAGAUUUUUGACGGAUAAACCGUCCCCGUUUUUGAACUGUUUCGACAUUUGAAUAUUUAUACUUACGUGAAUGUAUUAGGCAGUUGCCAUACUUUUGCAAUAAUUAUAUUAGUGCUGUAUACUAAAUAACUCGUUUUUAAACUCAGCUUUAUCUGUAUAAAAAUAAGAAAAAUAUAUAACAAAAUGAAACUAUA